CACAGGGACCGACGGGAGAGACUAUGGGCUGGAACUGAGGAGGUGUGCGGGACACACGGAGAGAAGGCAGACAGACCAGACAGAGGAGAGAGACGGAUGACAGCUGUUACGAGGUAUCGGGAAAAUGUGGUGAAAUAAGGAUGCAGAGGAGGCUGAAGAAAGGGACGUUACCCCGUUACCCAGUGACAGAGCUGAAACAGAUUCCCAUCUGCAGACAUGAAAUCUCCGCUGCGCGAGGUGGGAGCAGCAAGUACAGAGGAGGAAGAGAGGCGCAAAGAAAGCGAGACAGAGCCCAGCGUCAAACAUCAGACGCGGAGUGAGAAGGAUUCUGGCUACUCAGACAGCAGCUCAGACAGCACCAGCUCUGAGGAAACUCCACAUCCAACAAAGAACAGCACACCAGAUGACACUCAGAAAGUGGAACAGGCACCAGUGACAUAUACCCCUGUGUACAUACUGCAGAAUGUUGUCCUGGAACAGCCACGGAUCGUUCUACUCCAGGGACCCCUAUGUCGCCAUCAUAAGCGAUCAUCCCCAGAUUCCUACCUUCCCAUCCUACGCUCUUAUCCCAAGAUCGCUCCUCGUCUUGCCCCUACACCCCCAUCUACCCCAAAUUCAACUGCUGGAAGUCCUGCUCCCACCACACUCCUGGAGGUGUCCCUCCGCUCUCUAGCACUGCUGCGCCGGACACGGGAGACACAGCGAUCUAUUCGGGAGCUGAGGGCGCAUGCUAUAUUAUACCAACGGGCGCUACGCGGUGAGGAGGGGGGAUGGGAGCGGCUGCAGAGAGCCAUGGAAAGGAGUGGAAGUUACCGUAAUAGGCGCCCCUUGCCCGGCACAGAUGGGAUACCACAAGCAGAAGAGUCAUUGGCCAGCUCAGUGACCCCAUUGGAUGACCCUGUGACCUCAGAGAUAGGCAAUAUGGUACUGGAAGAAAACGGCAUAACAUCAUCAGAGGAUGGAGACACAGAAACAGAGGAAGUGAUAUCAUCAGGGAAUUCUGUGAUGUCACCAGAGGCUGUAUCCUCAGAAGGUGAAGAAGGCAACAUAUGAUGGCGAUGAGUGACAUCAUUGGCUAAGACCUCAUUGAAUGUAGCCCUCCUCUCUGCGGCAUCUCAGGGGGCUGGGCCCCAACACACAAUUUUUAUAUAUCAGAUGUUGUAAAAGAAAAAAAAAAAAGCGCCAACAUUUAUAAGUAAUUUCUGUAUAUAACAAAAUAUUUCUCUCUCUAGAAGUCACAUGAAAAAAGCAGAUAAUCCUCAUCAAUUCCUGACGAGUUACUUGCUGUAGAAAUGAGUGCAAUCUAUUUAUACUAUACCACAAUACAACAU